UUGCAAUUGUCCAAUAGUCCCCUCAAUGAAGUUUUUCACCAGUGUCGUCUUCUUGGCUGCAACGGCCACCGCUAGUCCUAUCCCGCGGACCUUCAACCUGGUUAGCUCAAGUGCCUCCGACGAAAGCCACAACGGUCUCUACCUGUCAACGCAACAUGUCGACCCACUGAACAGCAAGGCUGUCUUUCGCGAUACCGCCGACGCUGCCGAAUUCUACCUCCUUGACGGGACCGUGCGCUACAAUGCGCCGAAUGGAGCUCCCUACGCGUUGGCUCUCGUGUCUGGCGACGAAGUCCAGAGUGAGGUAGACAUUAGUGUGAGCCCUUCAUCCGGUAGCACGGGCUUCAGUUUGACCAGUGAUGACACUCUGGUUACUGAUAAUGAAAAUUGGGGAGGAUGGCUAGUUUGCGACGGCGCUGGAGACCUCCCUGGUCUGUAUUAUCACAAUAACAGCAAUGGAGAUGGUGUUCCAGAUGGGUGUGAUCCAGUUGGGCUUGAUGCUGUCUACAAGGAUUCCUCAUAGGGGUGGUGUUAUGACAGCCAACGACAUGAUAUCCGACGGGGCCCAGGACGCAUAUACUUCUCCUAGGGUUGGAGAAUUAAGCCAGCCCAUUCAUGGGCUCUGGUCCACAUGGACCUAGUAGGCUGCUAAUGUAUCAUGCGGCCUUGCGCUUAUUAAUGACGAUACGCUCAUAUUUAAUUGAAAUAUUACGCUAUAAUUUGUUAUGUACCGCUUCC